CGUCACGCGCGUGCGCCCUCCGCGUGCCCUCAACGGCGCGGAGGACGUUGGCGCUUCGGCGUGGUGGUUUCCUUAGAGACAGAGUCGGCCCAGGUGGCGACCACUAGGACACCAGGACGGUGAGACUCCUGGAGAAGUCAAAAUGCCUGCCAAGGACAAGAGGAAAGGCAAGAACAAAGGCAAACAAAAAGACAAAAACAAAACAAAAGAGAAAUGGAAAGUAGCAACAGCAGAGAACGAUGUGGUUGAGCAAGCCAAGGCCAACGCCUCGCUUUGGGAGGCCAGACUGGAAGUCACAGAACUCUCUAGGAUUGAGUAUCGUGAUACUUCCCGAAGACUGGCAAAAAAUAACGAAGACUUAAAGAAACAGCAAUAUAAACUGGAAAAAGAUACUAUGUCAAUAUUAAGCUACUUGAAGAAACAGGAUCAGGAGAAAGAGAAUAUGAUAGAAAAACUGAAACAGCAAUUGGUUGAAACAAAGGAAAAAGCCAAAGAAGAGAAGGAAAAAUUGGAACAAAGGUAUACUUUGCAAAUAAAUGAGUUGGAGGGACAGUUUCAUCAAAAAGCCAAAGAAAUUGGCAUGAUACAGACAGAGCUAAAGACAAUAAAACAAUUCCAGAAGAGAAAAAUCCAAGUGGAAAAAGAAUUAGAAGAUCUGAAAGAAAAUUUAAGGAACUCAGAGAAAAAACAUCAGGAGACUCUUAGAAGACUAGAAGGCAGAUUUUUUGAAGAAAAGCACCGCCUGGAGCAAGAGGCUGAGAAGAGGAUAGUAAUCCUGGCCGAGCGAGCCCACCAGGAAGCUGUGGUGCAAUUGGAUACUGCUGGGAGAAAUGUUUUUAAAGAGAAUGUUUAUCUUCACAAGGCACUUGCAUACCACCUCAAGGAAGCUGAGGCUCAACAGAAAAACUCCAAGAAGUUGCAAGAAAGUCAUUCCUGCCUUUUACAUCAAAAGGAAAUCAAUGAGCUGUUGAUUAAGGAAAAGAUUAUGCAACUCACCCAGCAGAGAUCACAAAUCCAAACUCUUCAGAAGAAGGUGGUAAACUUGGAGGAUGCUCUGACUUACAUGACCACAGAGUUUGAGGCUGAAGUUUUGAAACUGCAGCAAAAGGCAACGAUAGAGAACCAAGCGGGCCAGGUCGAGAUUGACAAGCUGCAGCAGCUUCUUCAGAUGAAGGACAGGGAGAUGAACCGAGUAAAGAAGCUGGCUAAGAACAUACUGGAUGAGAGGACAGAAGUGGAACAGUUCUUUCUAGAUGCCCUGUACCAAGUGAAGGAACAGAUUCUGCUCAGCAGGAAGCAUUAUAAGAAGAUAGCACAAGCUGCUUUCAAUUUAAAAAUGAGAGCAGCAUGUGCGGGAAGAACAGAAUACCCCAAAAUCAGGACCUUUGAUGGCAAAGAACACAGUACCAAUAGUGUGAAGCAGGAUCUCAUGGAGGCUGCGAAAUGGCCAGGUACUCAAAAAAAUGUGGAUAUUGGAGAUUUGACCUGGGAGCAAAAGGAAAAAGUCUUAAGAUUGCUCUUUGCAAAAAUGAAUGGUUUUGCUGAAAGGAAAUAUAAUCGGAGUUCUAAUCCUCCUGUUCCAGACCACAUUGUUUCUGGCAGUGAAGAAAUGAAAGAAACUGGGGAUGAAAUUAACCUCCAAGAUCAAACCUUCAUCACCCAGCAAGCUCAAGUAUCAGACUCCAAUCUAAUGGUGUCGCCUGGUAUUAUUCCUGAAGGACCACAGGAUUCUGUAAAAGAGCUUAAGAAAUACAGCAGAGCAACAGAUGACGCCACAGCAGAUACAAGUGGAUCCUCUUUUAUGUAAUCUUGCUCUGAAUAUGUUCAAGAACAUUUCUCAAAGGAAAAGAGAAUUCCAACUCAAAAGUUACCUGUUU